GUUUUAAUGAUACACGUAAAUAUCAGUGAAGAUGGCGGCAUGCUUGAAGAAGCCACAUGUCAUUGUUGAAGAUGCAAAUGGGGAAGUUUCUGAUAAUAGCAUUUGCAUAGAUGAGGAGGAUGAGGCAUCAGGAAGUGAAAACCAGGAUGCGGAUGAAGAGGAUGAGGAGUCCUCAGAUAUGGGGAGUGAUGGAGAUGAAGAGGACCAGAAGGGAUCAGAUAUAGGGAGUGAUGGAGAUGAAGAGAACCAGAAGGCAUCAGAUAUGGGAAGCGAUAAAGAUGAAGAGGAUCCCAAUCCCAAUGCCGGCUGGGCUGAGGCUAUGGCAAAAAUCCUGGGGAAGAAAGUACCAGAAAGUAAACCCAUCAUUCUUGUUAAGAACAAAGAGCUGGACAAGAUCAAGGAGAAGGAGAAGAAAGAGCGUCUUGAAAAAAAGAAGCAGUUUGAUAAGAAACGAACAUGGGAGAAUAUGUGCCGCGAGAAGCCUGAUGUCGUAAGAGACAAAGACCAUGAGAGGAAUCUACAGAGAAUUGCAACUAGGGGUGUAGUGCAGUUGUUCAAUGCUGUGAAGAAACAUCAGAAAAAUGUGGAUGACAAGAUGAAGGAUGUUGGGGGUUCAGUGAGAAAGAAAGCCAAAAUCCUCUCCUCUGUGUCUAAGAAAGACUUUAUUGAUGUCCUUCGAGCAGCAGAUGGUGUUCACACACCUGCCAUCAAGAAAGAUGCGGUAAAAUAUCCUGUAGAAGUGAAGGAGGAGCAUCCAUCGUGGAGUGUGCUGAGAGAUGAUUUUAUGAUGGGCGCCUCUAUGAAGGACUGGGAUAAGGAGAGUGAUGAAGGUGGAGGUGAACAGGAGCCAGCUGAGGACCACAGCAGUGAUUCUGAGUGAUCCCAUCACUGAUGCCCAUCUGCAUCAUAAGUUAUAUACACACAUAUGUGUAAUGACAGAAAACUGCCCCUGUUAAAUGCUAAAACUCUACAUUACCCAGAAUUCUGUACGGGCAGAUCAUAUGGCUGAGUUUGAAAUGGGGAAAGACACUGGUUUGAGACAUUGCCCUAAUCUGGAUAUUGUGACAAAGACUGUUUAUACAAAUGCUGUUCUGUAUAUAGUCAUUUAUAUCACUGUUCUCCGAAAUUUGAAAUGGGUGCUUGUGGUAUCUUUUCUAAAAAUAAAAACACUGCUUACUUGUA